ACUUCAUCUAUACUCUACUCUAUUCCAGCCUUUCGACGAUGACUACCAACCCGAACGAUAUCAAAGGCGAGCUGUGUAUCUUCGUAAAGGUCUAUCCCAAAGCCGGAACGGGCCCUCAGCUCGUCGAAUGGAUCCGAAAACUGAAAGCCGUAGUGGAGAAUGAGCCUGGCACGCUCGAGUACAGUUGGGCGCAGAACGGAGACUCGGAGGUCCUGCUUUGGGAACGAUAUGUGGAUGUGGCUGCGUUUACGACGCAUACCACGAGUGAAGUUUUCAAUGCGUUCGUCGCUGCGGAUCUUUUGAAAGAGGCGCCGUUGAUGACGUUCUACUCUGGAGAGGUGAAAGGAGACUUCUGAGUGGAUUCGUACAGCGGAGAAAGAGUGGACCAUCGGGUAUACAGAAACUUGUAACAGCCUAAGACUUUUGAUAUGUCGAAUUGUGUUUGACGGCCUCGUCUUCGUUUGCAUAUUGAGAAGUACAUAUGCCUCGCGUAGGUGUGUGUCCUGUAUGAAACUUAUUGACUGAGCGAGCAGAGGUGAGCGAAGACAUCGUCCGAGACAGUACGCACGUGAUAGAAAACACACGAGCGAAAAGUGCAAAAAUAACAGUGAGGAAGAAGGAUGGAGGGACCGU